CUAAUGUUUUCCUAUGAGUCAUGUACACAUCGACGUUUACAGUUGUUUACAGGCAGUUGAGUUUACAGUCGUUUUUUUUAAACGCAGAAAACUUGCACUUAGGAGUAGAUUUUAUCAGCAUUUCAAACUCCAAAUGCUUGUAAACAUGUCUAAUUGCGUCUAGAAGUGUUUGCGUUUGAAUUUUUUUAACUCUUCCUUUUCCAGAUGCUUUCCAGAGCCUUUUUUCAUCAUGAAAAAUGCAUGCAAAGCGUUUUCCCAGUACUCAGAUGGACCUGGUACACCAUACAGACAAACACCACAAAAGAAGAAAAAAAGACA